CCCCUCCGCUCUCUGCGGCUCUGGAGCCUGAUUGGCUAGAAAGCAAAGCAGAGGCGGGGAGUGCCCAUAAAACAGGCAGCUGGCAUGCACUGUCUGACAGUGAGACCAGUGCUUGCAGUUUGAAAUUAGUUUCUGCUUUGCAGCUGUCACUUGGGCAUUUUAUGUUUGCUUCUCUUAAUGGACGGGAACAAAAAAGUCCUGCAUUUUACCAGUGAGCUAAAUGGGAUCUAACCAUAGGGAAGAAUCUGAUGCAAAAUAACAGACUGUUGGGACUCUGUGACAUAGAUCACCAAGGUAAAUGUGAUGAUGAUUAGAAACUGCAUCUGUGAGAGAGUAAAUCAGAAUUUCUGUGUUUGAAACCUUAUUUUGCAACAGCAGUCAAAGUCUUCUGAAUUGCUGCCUUCCUUGGUGCUGGCUAUUUUUCUUUUCUUCCCAAGCUGAAAAGGCAAAGAAGGUUUUCAAAGGAAUGCAGAAGGACCAGGAGUUUUAAAAGCAGGAAGCUGAAAGGGAUCUCCAUAAUAUGAAUUUCACCAAGCACCAUGGGACACUCCAGCCUCUCCAUUUCUGGAACCACAGCUAUGGACUGCAUGGAAGUGCCAGCGAGCUGAAUGGAAAGGGCCAUUCCUCAGGAGGCUGCUAUGAGCAACUCUUUGUAUCCCCUGAAGUGUUUGUGACUCUGGGCAUCAUCAGCUUGCUGGAGAAUGUCUUGGUCAUUGUGGCAAUAGCCAAGAACAAGAACCUCCACUCACCAAUGUACUUCUUCAUCUGUAGCUUGGCAGUGGCUGAUAUGCUAGUGAGUGUAUCUAAUGGAUCAGAAACUAUUGUCAUCACGCUGCUAAACAAUACAGACACAGAUGCACAGAGCUUUACCAUAAACAUUGACAAUGUUAUUGACUCAGUGAUUUGCAGUUCCUUGCUUGCAUCAAUUUGCAGUCUUCUGUCAAUAGCAGUGGACAGGUACUUUACUAUCUUUUAUGCCCUCCAGUACCAUAAUAUCAUGACAGUGAAGCGUGUAGGGGUCAUCAUCACAUGCAUAUGGGCUGCUUGCACAGUCUCAGGCAUUUUGUUUAUCAUUUACUCUGACAGCAGUGUUGUCAUCAUCUGCCUUAUUAGCAUGUUCUUCACUAUGCUCAUUCUCAUGGCAUCCCUCUAUGUCCACAUGUUUAUGAUGGCUCGAACACAUAUCAAAAAGAUUGCUGUUCUUCCAGGGACUGGCCCUAUUCGCCAAGGGGCCAACAUGAAAGGGGCCAUCACUCUCACCAUCCUGAUUGGAGUUUUUGUUGUGUGCUGGGCUCCAUUUUUCCUGCAUCUGAUUUUCUACAUCUCCUGCCCCUACAACCCUUACUGUGUGUGCUUCAUGUCCCACUUUAACUUCUACCUCAUCCUCAUCAUGUGCAAUUCCAUCAUCGAUCCACUUAUCUAUGCAUUCCGGAGUCAGGAGCUCAGGAAAACAUUCAAGGAGAUUAUAUGCUGCUGUAGCCUGAGAGGGCUUUGCGAUUUUCCUGGCAAAUAUUAAACUAGGUGGAUAUGUUACUGUGUAUACAACAUGCAGCAAAGACUU